CUGAAAACGCGGCUAGAUUUUAAUUUUGAGCCCAAUCCGCGGCUAGGUACUAGGUACUAGGUAGGUUCAGCCUGCUGCUACUGCUAGCUGCACAACGUGCAACACGUGUGUAAUUCUUGUUUCACGCGGGUUACCGAUACCCAGGGACUCAAAUGGUGAAUUAUCAUGACAAAAGUGUGCUUUUUCCGGUUGUGAGACGGCCUUCACAACAUUUUGUACGUGUGGGACAUUUUACACGUACAUGUAGGUCUAGCAUAAAUGAUGUUAUGUUCCGGGAGAACUUCUGAGUCGUUUCGUAUGAUUUCCCUGGACUAAAGCCUGCAAAGGACGAUCCAUCCGUACAAGCCAAAAAGUACAAACAUGGCUGUUGUACAGGAGCAGUCGAAGCGUGAGUCAGGUCGUAUUAAAGACAGCAUGCAAAAGCGAAUUCUUGAUAGUUACACCCGUGCCAAGAGGUUACGCAAACAGCUUGAGGCACUUGAGCAGGAUAAUUUUCAAGAAGAUCCCCAGGCCAACCUUGUCAUUCCUAAUAAAAAACUGCCACAAUUUGAUGCCAAUGAAGGAGCCCCAGCCAAAAAGAAGAAAAAGACACGUGGGGACCACUUCAAGCAGCGUUUCAGGAAGACUUUUAACAUGUUAGUUGAGGAAGAGCAACUGAGCAUGCAGGAGCCACCUAACUAUCUGACAGCCUGCAUCCCACCGUCUAAGACUCCUGAAAGGAAGUUCUGUGCAGUAUGCGGAUUUCCUUCCAACUAUACCUGUGUGAGCUGUGGGGCUAGAUACUGUAGUGUCAAGUGCCUAGGUACCCAUCAAGACACAAGGUGCUUGAAGUGGACCGUAUAACUUCAGUGACAUUGUCAUGUUAGACCAAACAUCAUGCUGUGAACUUACAUGUACGUGUACAUUGCUGCACAUGUCUUGACCUCAGCCAAAUUCAGUGUAGAGGUUUUACAUGUAAUGCAAAGUCUGGGGCCUGAAAGACAAAACAGAAGAAACCAUUAUGGACCGGAUAUGGUGCAUGUAUGUGAUGGCUAUUGUCCUGGCUUUGUAGGUGCAUGUACACUGUAGCCUUGUAUUGCUCAAUGCCAAAUACAUUCAGAGAGGCCGAUGAGUGGCUCCUCCACUGAGAUGAUCCAUAGCACAGCACGUACAUUGUAGUUGCUGACUGAGCUGUCAAAUAGAUGUCUGCGGUAUCCAGUGAAUUGGGCUCAUCAAUAGGAAUGUCUCUGGAUACAUGUAUAUGCAGACGAGUCCAGUGAGGAGUUUUAAUGCACUAUCCUGAAGUUCGAUUCUGCACUUUGGGAGAAAGAACGUUUUGUUACCAGUAUUUGUUGAGGUCCAAAGUGUAAUAAAAGUCCUUUCAGCAAAUUCCACAACUGGUGGUAUCGUAUUUUAAGCAGUCCUUCUUUUCCUUUUUCUGUUAAGAAUGAGAGUAUGAAACAUGUACAUGUACUUUCUCCAUAAAUGUUGACUGUCUGGGUCAAAAUUCUUCUCUUAUGUCAAACCUGGACUUAACUGCUCCGCUGUGCAUUGGAAAGACUUCACAGCCAAUGGCCUGCCUAUUGAAAAUCAUCAUGGAUAAAGGUUCCUUUAAAAGUAGACUGUAAUGAUCUACAUGCACCCAGCCGCACCUUUACAAAAUGCUCACGAUCUGUACUCUCUGAAGACAUAUAUUAUAGUAAAAUUUUUGUUGCUAUCAUUAUAAACACAAAGGGUUCAUGCGGACCUCCUUAAAUGAACAGCCAUUUUCUUCUUUAUGUUUUGCCUGGAUAUGUCAGUAUCAGUACAAAUGGUGAAAAAAAUGAAUAAAAUGUAUUUAAUUAUUGUUAAUUACUGUUUUUCAAACACCCCCCCUCAAAUCUCCGACAAAUGGCGUGACGUAUGUUUAAGAACCCACAAAUUGUAGUCUGGUGCCAUUUGGGCCGUCUGAAACUCGGAGUAAGCGCGCACGGCUUCCCUGCAGCGGCGUAUGUGGAAAUAUCAUAGCCUUUUCCGCUUGCGCUUCUCUAAGGCUCCUCUUCGUUUUUCUGUUUUUUCCUUUGACUUCUCACUUGGUACGAAUAUCGUCGGCACUGCAUCCAGUUUUAGCAGCCCAUUGAACUUCAUGCAAAAUGAAUCUUGCAGGCUCAAAAUAGUCCGGCUUGAAGUGGUCGCUGCAGAGUUUUGAGCUCGGCGUUGGUCAAGUCCACUUGGCUCGUGUAAGCUUGACUUUUGUGGACCAAAUUUUGCGAUAUUUCACAUCUUUUGGGAAGUUAUGCAUGCUUGUGUCAUUUUUAGAAGUAUUUCCACAACCUGCAGCAACACACCUGGUUGGCAUUUUCCUGAAAUAUCACCAGAACAUCGGCAAGUUGGUGAUCUCGAAGUCGUACCAAUACGAUAACGCGCUGAGUUACAGUAUCGAUGAAAGGAUCAUAUUUAGCCAAGAUAUAUAGAAUGGAAAAGAAACAUUGUGGGACUAGUGUGCUUGAAGCGUAAGUAUCCGUCUUAAGGCUGGCUGCUUUUAUUCAUUAAAAUUUACCGUUCUUCUUGUAAUUUGUAAGACUGUAGAAAUAACAUUUUCCAUCAUUUAAAACCUUGA